AUGUCAUUCUUUAACAAACUUAAGACAUUUCCUGAAUAUCAUAAUGCACAUAAUGCGAUAAUAGAGAUGCUCAAGGAUGAAGAAAUCAUAAUUCACAAUUUAGAAAGAGCUUUUGGAAAAGAUUUCAUAAAGUUUAUUGACGGACAACCAGCGCAAGUCAGCGACACAUUAAAGCCAGUGAGGAAGUGUGCUCUUGAAGGCACCAACAAUAUCAAGAAAUCUCAUUUGCAAACAGGUAAUGUGGCAAACGAAUUCCAACAGUUAUAUACGAUGUAUAACGAAUUAGUUGCUCGACAAUACCUUAAGAAUCAAGCUUUACAAGAGGCUUCUGACAAGAAAACAGAUCUCGAACGCAAAAGGCGCUUAUUAGAAAAAGAAAGGUCAAAAGGACAGGGAGAAGCAUAUUUAGCCGCUGAAAGAAAUGUUCAACGCACCGAAAAAGCAUUAGAAAAAGCAAAAGAAAAGGCAGAUAAAGCACAAAGUGAAUAUAAUCAACAAAAAAGCGAUUAUAAAACAAAUUUUGGUCUGAAAGUAGUAGAAAAUAUACAAAAACUUGUUGAAAGCAGAAAGUUGCUCAUCGAAAAGAACAUCCAAACUGCUGAUCUCAUAUUAGAAUCUGCCAAGACGUUUUCUACAAUCAAAGAUGAUUUGGUGCCAAAGCUUGAAGACAGAUUAAGGCAAUGGGAAACACAUGGAGCAUAA